UUGAAAUGAAGGAGGUGAAAUGAAAUGUCGCAUUCAAAGCACAAGACAUUUUCUGUUUCACAGAGUUGCCAAACUGUAGUUAUUUAUGUACCUAAAAAACAGGAGACUAGGCAAACAUGCAGCUCACAACCAUUCCUCAAACCAAAGUUAUCCUUACUAAAGGUGCUUCAAGAGUGCAAAGUUAUUCUUCAAAACCAUGUUUUAAAGAAGUACAAACACUUCCAGUUGAUAGAUGUCUCCUCUUUGGAUGAGUCCAAAGUUAUCCUUAAAGGGCUGGCUAUUGAUCUGAAUGGAGUGAAGGAGCUGAUCAAAUUGUCUGCCUUGAAGAAUGAUGAGGGAGAAAAUGGGGGGAGAAGGUUGAAACAUGCUGAGGAGGUCAAACAGUCUGAAAUGCAAGAUAACAUUGCUGUAUCAGGGGAAAUCCAUAACUCAGAUUGGCGGUCAGUGGUUAUAUCAAAAGUUAAGGUCACACUGGACCCAAAGACAGCAAACCCCAGCCUCAGAGUCUCUAAUGACCGAAGACGAGUGAGAUCAUUCACUUUUGAGGAGAGCAAAGAAACGCAACACGCAUGGUCUCAGAGAGCUCUGCACAAGUAUGACGGCUGGUUUUGCAUCCAGGGGGCAGAGGGUUUCAGCUCAGGUCAGCACUACUGGGAGGUGGGUGUGAGGAGGAGCUGUGAUUGGAGGAUAGGUGUACUGAAGGAAUCGGCACCCAAACACGGCUUUACCAAACUCACCACGUCCACAGGCUACUGGACACUCCGUCUACAGCUAGGCAGUCUUGUUGCCCUUACGGACCCUGUCACCAAGUUAAACCAAUCAAGCCCCACCAGAGUAGGAGUCUAUCUGGACGUGGAGCGCAAACAGGUCAGGUUCUUUGAUGUACAGAAGAAGAAAAGGCGACACAUUUACACAUUCCAUGCUGAUUUUAGUAAUGAUGAGAAGAUUUACCCAGUCUUUGGGACAGUGGACACAGACAGAGAGCUGGUCAUUAUUUAGAGGCAGAAAAGGCUUUAGGAGUCAGGAUGGCAGGGCAAUUAUUCUAGUUAUCUACACUGUGUGUAGCCUCUAUCUGCAAGCAAACGUAACUCUUACUUCUAAUCUUCUUUAACUAAUAAAAUAUUAAUUAAUCAAUAUUUUGUUUCUGAAACAUCAAAAACAAAUUGUCAUCUGUUUCAUGUAAGGGUGUUGGCAGACUAGAACGGCUCCAUUUUGAGGUGAUGGGGUGUAGUGAGUGAAGUAGGCUCUCAGGCACCUAAGGACAUGUGUAGGUGAGAGGCACUAGCACCCAUGGGUCGUGGGUCGUAUAGCUGCAUUGCUAGCAUGCCCUCCGUCUCUGAUGCCCAAGGUUGCAAGUCCGAGUGAGGGACUGUGCAGCUCUGAUUGCAGGGAGAUGAGGACUCCAGUGAUGGGUGAAGACCAAGACUAAGAGUUGGUCAUUCAUCUGUAGAUUGAGAUCAUAUAGAGACAAAGGAAUCACUGGUUUGUAGAUAAGGUUUGUAGUAAGGAUAUUACUGUAAUCGUUGGACCGUAUGAUGGUAUGAGGUUUUUCAGGUAUUACAGGAAAGAUUACAGUAGAGUAUGUUCAGUAUGUUGAAAAGUAUGUAAAAUGUAAAAACGUUUUUCUAUUGUGUGUAAUGACAAUUAUGACUACUUUUCACAAGACUUUAAUAAAGCUUACAUGUAUUUUUUAA